AAAGACAACCACCACACCCACAAAAUUAAAAAAAAAAAGAGGACAACCCAUCAAGCAAGAUUGCUCUCGAGACCCACCAAUCUCUCAACCCUUUAGGUCUGCUCUCUCUAGGGAUUUUUCUGGAAGCUAUACUUGGAGCCUGAGCAAAGCCUGUGAUGGUCUCCUCAAAGUCCUUGUAACUUUUGAACGAGUAUUACUUGUUUUAUGAAUCCAAUGCAUCAAGGGCAGCAGAAUACUGGUGGUGGUGGUUCAUCCACUGAAUUGAAUCAGGGAGAUAAUGAAUCGGUCUAUAGGGGGACAGAGACCAUGAUGAAUCAAGAGGACAAUGAAUUUCCAGUCAGUAGUAGUACUCCUUCAGGGAGACCAACUUACGCAAGUCCUAGUUCUUCUCAUAACUGGUGGAGGCCUGGAGAAUCCAGCUCCGUGUCAGGGCCAUCUGAUCAGGUCGAAUACAAGACAAAUCACCAGCUGCAACAAGAUGGAAGACAGUUAGGUCUGAUGCUUCAUGGAGGGGUUCAUGCUGUCAGAAACGGACCCACUUUCUUGCGCGGUUCAAGCUCUAAUGUAAAUAUGAGCAUGGACAUGGACAGCGAUGACUAUGGUACACAUACUUCCGGGCUCGUUUUCAGUCAUGGGAGUUCCUUAGGAAGUUCAGUUCAGGCCACUGGAGAGAGCAGCAGUGGCCCGGCGGCAUCUUCUUUGGAUGGUUGGGGUUCCUCCUGCAAAAGAAAGGCUCUUGAAGCUGCAGCUCCUACUCCUAGUCCUGACUGCGUUUUCCAGACUGAACAUGGUGCUUCGCAUGGAGGUCUUUCUCAUUACGGUGCUUCAAGUAGUUUGAGUUUGGCUACACCCUCACAAAGCUCUCCAAAUCAUUUUGAUCGGACAGAACAAAUGUUUGGAUCUGGUGGUGGAAGAGCUGCUUUUCAUACUUUAAGAAACGCUGACACUUCAUCUAGACCUGGCAGAAGAUUAAAUCCGAGGCAGCCUCAUGAGUCUUUAGGAUUCAGCUUAUCUCAUAGUGGAGGUUCUAUGCGUCCCACUGGAUCUUUGCAACAGAGUUUACCAUUAAACUCUCCUUUCGUAGAUCCUCCGGAUGUGAGAUUCACAAGUGGCUCAAGCAGUGGUGAGAAUCAGACAAAUCCAGUCCAUCUCCCUGCUUUGACAAGAAACAUACCCCAAUUUGCAUGGGACACUUCUUUCAGUUCAAGAGCAAGCACUUCUUCGGGUAUUGGGAUGCCUGCACCACAGUGGGAAACACCGAGAAGCAAUCCAGAGCAGCAGCAGCCCAUGUUUGGAGCACCUGCAAGUGACAUGAGAAACCCUGUGCAUGAUCAAUCUAUUUGGAGCUUCUCUCGUGGAAACCCUGCUUCAUCUAUAGAUUCUCCCUUUGUUUCUCGAUCAGGGCCGAGUUCAGCUGUUCAUGCGCAUCAGCAGCAGCUCAGUCCCGCGUGGAUUCCUCCUCAGAGUGCCCCGCUGCAUAAUCCAUCAGAACUUUCUCCGUGGUCUUUGUUUCCUAGUAUUGAAUCUCAAUCUACUAGUCACGGUGCAUCUCUUCCUUUACUGCCCACAAAUGAGGCUGCAAUGCCGUCUAGUUCUAAUGGUCGGAGCCAUCGCUCGCGGCAAAGAAGAUCAGGGCUGUUGUCUGAGAGGCAUAAUGAGCUUCUCCACUUGCGUCACUUAGGGAGGAGCUUAGCUGCUGACAGUGAUGGAAGGAAUCACCUCAUCUCUGAGAUACGUCAGGUGUUAACGGCCAUGAGAAGAGGAGAGAAUUUACGAAUUGAGGAUUACAUGGUGUUUGAUCCACUUAUCUUCCAGAGCAUGGCUGAAAUGCACGAUAGGCAUCGGGAAAUGCGCCUUGAUGUUGACAACAUGUCGUACGAGGAGCUAUUGGCACUUGGGGAACGCAUAGGAGAUGUGAGCACUGGGCUUAGGGAAGAUGUCAUAUUGAAGACAAUGAAACAACACAAAUGUACAUCUUCUUCUGCUAAGUUGCAUCUAGAGCCGUGCUGUAUUUGCCAGGAAGAGUAUGCAGAAGGUGAUGAUCUUGGGACCUUGGAAUGUGGCCAUGAAUUCCACAAGGACUGUAUCAAACAAUGGGUCAUGCUCAAGAACCUCUGCCCCAUUUGCAAGACGGUGGCAUUAACGACGUGAUAGCACUCGAUGUACCUCCAUUCAUCAUCAUUGCGAUGCCAAAAGAAAAUAAAAUAGAGAUCUUAAAAGAUCUGUUCUAUCUAUCUGUAUCUCAUUUGAAAAUUUUAAUUGUUAUGCUUACUCGUUGUUACUGUUCUAAGAACAUUAUGACAGAUUCAUAAAAUAGCCAUGGAGAAAGAGAAUAAUUCCCCUUUUUACUAAAAAUCAUUGUUGAUUUCUAGGGGUAAACAGGCCU